AACUUUGAGGGGCUUUUGGUUCAUUUCUCUCAAAACAGGCCCAUAACCCGAAUAGUCCAUUAACAGUUUAUUCAGAAAUUUGUAGAAGUCACCGAUCGAUUCAACCACAGCGUUUUCACUGAAGAGAAGAGAAGAAAGAUGGGAGGUGGACAUGGCGUGACGUACAAAGGCAUAACUAUACAUCAACCUAAGCGUUGGCACUCUGUCACCGGAAAAGGCUUGUGUGCCGUCAUGUGGUUUUGGAUUCUUUACCGUGCCAAGAAAGAUGGUCCUGUAGUGUUGGGCAUGAGGCAUCCCUGGGAAGGCCAUGGCCAUGGUCAUGACCAUUAGAUAUGCUGCGGAAGCUGCGGCUGGAUCGUAACCAAUAUGCUCAAUGCCAUUGUAUUUCUUGGAAAACUCAGUUAUCUUUCAAAACAGUUGUGUUUUCUGUUCAAUAAAAAUCCUAUGAAGUGGAGAACUGUUUAUGAAUGUGACUUGAUUCAUAAGAUUCUGUGUUUAAGUUAACUUUGAGCUAUCAUUUUUGUUUCAAUUGAAACUGUUUCGCGCGUUUUUGCAGUUGUAACUUUUCUAUGUUUGGAUUUCCAACUUGACAAUGUAGUUUCAUGUGUUUGGUUUGAAUGGAAUUAUUGUAGAUGA